AGUGCAAACGACCGGCUAGGAAUUUGUCGAAGGCACCACGGUUAUGUUGGCGCCACUGUUACCUCGACGUAAACGUAAAAGUUGUAGUCUCUCGUUACGUUUCUGAUGAGGUAACUCCGGUUACCUUGUAAUUCGCUCGGAAGAUGCUGCGAUCAUUGGGAGGUUUUACAGUGGUAAUAAUGACGUUACAUUUGAACAUGCUUAUCGCCACCGACUGGUGGUGGGGGGAGAGAGAUCUGUUCGGUCCAUGUCCCAGAAUACCACCCAAGGAUAAAGUGGAGAGAGAGAUCAAAUUCGCAGAGGAAUGCAGGAAAUUUAUUCCAGCGCCCAAAACUUCCUGGAUCCGUUAAGAGAAGUUGGUUAAUAUUAUCUGUACAGCGAAUAUGUAUGAGUCUUUCCUACGGGAAACUGUAGCAGUAAAUAAAUGUUAUAUUAAUUUAGAUAACGUUA